CCACCGAUUCGUCAUCCUCAACUAAUAGACUUCCUUCACAUCUAGCCACGUCUCUCUCUCUCUCACUCUUUCCAUUUAUAUAUAUAUUCAUUAUAUUUCCCGCCCAUCAUUAUAAUAUUAUCAUCAAAUUCAUUUUUUGGAUAUGAGAUUAUAAUGGAUGGAAAGCCCAGAAACACGAUCACCGCCAACAGCGUUGCUCAAGCCAGCUCUCGCAAGGGCUGCAUGAGAGGCAAAGGCGGCCCAGACAACGCCUCUUGCACUUUCAAAGGUGUCCGCCAGCGUACUUGGGGCAAAUGGGUUGCUGAAAUUCGCGAGCCCAAUCGCGGUGCUCGUCUUUGGCUUGGCACCUUCGACACCGCCCAUGAAGCCGCUGUAGCUUACGACGCUGCUGCUCGUAAACUCUACGGCUCCGAAGCUAAGCUCAAUCUCCCUCAAACUACUCCUCCUCCUCAUGAUCAGCUGUCUCAGUUGGAACACGGCGGUCAGCCUUCUCCAACCGCUACAACAACCAUGAAAUCGUUGUCGUCUUCGGUGGAACGAAUUGGAGAGCUGUGGGGAAGUGAGAACGUGAAUUUUGAUGAGUCAAUAUGGAGAGAGGCUGUGAUGUCUUUGGAUUUUCCUAUUAUUCAAGAUGAUCAAGGGAUUUUCUUUGAUGGGGUCAGCAAUUGGGACACUUUGCAGUGGUGCAUGUGAUCUUUGAUAUAUGAUUUCGUAGAUACGUAGAGAAUUAUAGUCUGUAUAUGUUUAUAUAUAGCUUGCUUUUUAUAUACAUAAAAUAUAUAUAUUUACACAUACAUGCUGCAUGUGUGUGUGUGUGUAUAAAAAAUUAAA